AUGUGGGGUGACUCUUUAUUAAUAGUAUUUAUUUCAAUAUGUACUGCAUUCUUAGGAGAAGGGUUGACAUGGAUAUUAGUAUAUAGAACUGAGAAAUAUCAAAAAUUAAAAGUUGAAGUAGAACGACAAAGUAAAAAAUUGGAAAAACGCAAAGAAGCACAUGGAGAUUCUUUGGAUAAACAACACAAAAAGAAAAUUGAACGUGAAGAAGAGAGACUUAAAAAUAACAAUAGAGAUCUCUCUUUAGUAAAGAUGAAGUCCAUGUUUGCAAUUGGUUUUGCAUUUACUGCACUUCUGAGCAUGUUUAACAGCAUAUUUGAUGGAAGAGUUGUUGCAAAAUUACCUUUUCACCCUAUUUCCUGGAUUCAAGGAUUGAGUCACAGAAAUUUGCCUGGAGAUGAUUAUUCAGAUUGUUCAUUUAUUUUUCUAUACAUUUUGUGUACUAUGAGCAUAAGGCAAAACAUACAAAAAUUGUUAGGAUUUGCUCCAUCUCGUGCUGCUUCUAAACAAGGUGGUGCAUUAUUUGCUGCACCCCCAGCGCAAUUUAAA